UUUGGGGGUUACGACACCGCUCGCGCGCAACGGAGAGUCGGCGCAAAGUUUCCUCGAUGGCGCUGGUGAUGGAGCCAGUGAGCAAAUGGAGCACGAGCCAGGUGGUGGACUGGAUGAAAGGUCUGGACGACUGCCUGCAACAAUAUGUGUGCGUGUUUGAGCGCGGUGGUGUGUGCGGGGAGCGGCUGCUGAGGAUCAGCCACGCUGAGCUGGAGGAGCUGGGAGUCUCUCGUAUCGGACACCAGGAGCUGAUCCUGGAGGCUGUCGACCUGCUCUGCGCUCUGAACUCAGGGCUUGAGACUGAGAGCGUCAGGACCCUGGCUCACAAACUCGGUGCCUCUGCCAAAAACCUGCAGAAUUUCAUUUCCGGACGCCGUCGCAGCAGCCAAUCAGAGAGCAGGACCUCACGGCGGCUCCCCAACGAUCUGCUGACCUCUGUGGUCGACCUCAUCACUGCUGCCAAGAGCCUGCUGGCCUGGCUGGACAGGUCUCCCUUUGCUGCAGUGGCAGACUACUCAGUAACCCGAAAUAAUGUCAUUCAGCUCUGCCUGGAGCUCACCACCAUUGUACAGCAGGACUGUACGGUGUUUGAGACGGAGAACAAAAUCCUUCAUGUGUGCAAGACGCUGUCGGAGGUGUGUGAGCACAUCGUGUGUGUGUCAUCAGACCCGCUGGUUUCUCAGUCAGCCCACCUGGAGCUGGUUCACCUCACCAACAUCAAACCCUCUGAAGGCUUGGGAAUGUACAUCAAGUCAACAUAUGACGGCCUCCAUGUCAUCACAGGAACUACUGAAGGGUCUCCGGCUGACCGCUGUAAGAAGAUCCACGCAGGAGACGAAGUCAUCCAAGUCAAUCACCAGACUGUGGUGGGCUGGCAGUUACGUAACCUGGUCGGCUCGCUGCGGGCCGAUAAAGGCGUUGUGUCCCUGACCCUGAAGAAGCGUCCACAGAGCACGCUCAGCUCCGCCCCUGCUCUGCUGAAGAACAUGCGCUGGAAACCCCUCGCACUGCAGCCAACCAGAAGCCCUGGCAGCAGUUCGGCUACUCCCUCAGGCACACCCACCAAGAACUCGGCCCUGCAGGACCUCCACAUCCCCCCUCCACCUGCUGAACCAUAUACGCCAAGAGACGAGACAGGAGCCUUGUCUGGAGACGAAGCCUCUCGAAACCACGGUAGCGUCAGCAUGUCCAAGCGCUCUGAGUCACCAAACUCCUUCCUGGAUCAAGAGUCUCGCCGGCGAGAAGAGGAGGAGCCCGUGUACUGCACCACGCCAACUUAUGGUAGGCUGAGACCAAUCUCCAUGCCCGUGGAGUGUAGCUGGGUGGGCGACUACGAAGAUCCAGUGAAGCUUAGCAGAGAAAGCCGCAGAGAGGCGUCGCUGAUGCGCUACGUGGGACUCUCCAGCAUGGACGAGAGGCCCAUCUCUGACGACUACUCCUCCCACACAGCCCGUCCAGGCAAACGGACCAAUGACACAGCCAAAAGAGCCAAGAGGCGGAGCCACCACAGCCAAAGCCCCUCCCACUACAUGCUCCAGGCAAAUCAGAGAGAAUCUCCACCAAGAGAACCUCCUUCUAUCUAUCAUACGUACCAGCAGUCCUCCUCCCUGCAGUCAAAGACCAGGAAGAAAAAUAAAGGACGAAGUCUGGCCUCCCUGAGUCGGAGGCGUGUGUCCUGCAAAGCUCUGGGCCGUGGAGACUGUGAGGGUUGGCUGUGGAGAAAGAGAGACGCUAAGGGUUACUUCUCUCACAAAUGGAAGAAAUACUGGUUCGUUCUGAAGGACAACUGCCUUUAUUGGUACAUCAACGAGGAGGAUGAGAAGGCCGAGGGUUUCGUCAGUCUUCCAGAGUUCAAGAUUGACCGUGCCAGUGAAUGUCGCAAGAAGUAUGCUUUCAAAGCUUGUCACCCCAAGGUCAAGAGUUUCUACUUUGCAGCAGAUGGAGUGGAUGACAUGAACAGAUGGCUGAGUCGUCUCAACAUGGCUGCAGUGGGCUACGCUGAGCGAGAGAGGAUACGCCAGGAGCAGGAUUACUGGAGCGAGAGUGAUCAUGAAGAUGACACCACCUCCAGCCCUAAGCAGGACAGUCCCCCACCUCCGUAUGAUACCUACCCACGGCCUCCAUCAAUGAGUGCCUACUUGGAGGGCCGCACCACUCGACUGUCUUCCACCGAGACGUCACGCUCUCGAUCCUCGCAGGAGGACUUCCUCUGUGGCGAGCCUCCAGUGGUUUCCGCAGAGCCACAGUACCACCCUGGUCCUCUAGGGGGAGGUACCACGCACAGUGGGAGGAAACCAGGGGGCAGCAGCAGCAGCGACGUGUAUCGAUGUGAUCCUGUGGAGUACCGUUCCAGUCCUGCUGGUGGCAGCAGUGAGACGGGGUCUCCGGGCCGCUCCUCUUCUUCUCAGAGACGCUCCUGGCAGGACCUGAUUGAGACGCCGCUGACCGAGGCUGGACUACACUACCUACAAACAGGACCUCUGGAGGACGCCGUCUUCGCCGAGCCAGGUUCAGGUGGCGGCACUAUGAUGGCUGGAGCCGUAUAUACUCUCCCCGCACAGAGGAAUGUCCCGUUGCCCGUGGCAAUGCAGAGGCUGAUCCCUAUGGCAACCCAGGGAGGGAAACCCCGCAGCUUCACACUGCCACGAGACAGCAACCUCCACUCACUCCUCGUGCCCCCCGCCAAAGAAGAACAGCAAACACACAACGGUGGCAGUGAGGGUGCGUCCCUAGGCGACCUGUUUCGUGCCUGCGAGGAGGGCGGCGUGUGCCCCCUUGGGCGAGAGUCUGAGCUGAAAGGACAGUCGGAGUUCAGGCAGUCGUUCCUGAGACGGGCCGCCGACCCGCAACUCAACGAGAGACUGCACCGCCUCCGCAUUCUGACAUCUACAUUAAAGGACAGGGAGGGGGAGCUAGCGCUGAUUGACAAGCUGUUGGCCAAUCCCCAGCUGUCGUCGGCAGAGUUCCAGGAGUGGAAAAGAGCCUAUCAGGAGCUGUUCUCUCAGGAGCCAGACUCGACCGCUGAAUCAGACCCCGGCCCGCCCCUCACCCCCUCACUCUCUCACACGCACUCCUACAUCGAGACCCACGUCUGACGAAUGUAACUCACUCUCUCACCCUAACAUGCUUUAGUUUCUCUCCUGAAACGAGCUGGAAAUUUAAGAAAGAUAGUGAUGUGUUCUGUCACUGGAGAGAGAGGAGGGGAGGCUUCACAUCCCGGUAUGCUCUCUGCAGCUGGAGUGUACGAGUGCAACAUGACAGCUUUGUGAGGAGACGUCUGCACGCCCUCAUGUCACACAAUCGACGAGCUGAUUGGUUCUGCCACUCCAGCUGGCUCGAGGGCGGACGAUCACUGAUUCUUAACUUUUACAUGUUAGCUUUAGUGCUCUUUAAAUGGAAAGCAGAAGGACUUUCAGCUCAUUUCUCCUGACAUGGACACAGAGCUCAGAGUAGUUAUUCAUUAGCUGCACAUUCAAAGUAUUCCAUCCUGCUUAUUGUGCCAUAUUUAUACUGACUGCACAGUGUUUCAUAGACAGUUCAAUAGCCACUAAGUGACAUAUAUCGUACUCUAUCAAGCCUUAUAAUUAAAGUCUAUGAUGAUAUUUCUGUACAGUGAAGUGUAACAGGAUGAAUAGCUCAAGUCUUUUAUAAAUCCACUGGUCAAACUUUCUAGUUUUAGACACUUUUGUUGAGCUGGGUUGUUAGAAAUGCAUUCUGGGCUGGACCUGAAGCAUGCACUCUGCUGGAGAAGGAAAAAUCCACUUUAACACUGAUUCAAGAAGCUACUGAACUCACAUUAUAGCAGAUUCUGUUACUGAUAAUCCCAUAUCCGUGAAAUGGUUGCAAAUACAGUCGAGUAUGGUUGUACAAGAUCAGUUUGUAUGAACUGACAAAACUCAUGGUGCUUAUUUAUCUUAAAUGCAAACAUGCAGUUUUAGAUAGAAGCCCCUGACAGAGCAUUAAAAAGUAAUAACACAAGGUACAGAUGACUUUUGUAUGGAAGCUCAUUUGUGCCACAU